GAAGAUCAUAGAACUUCAUUCAAAGCGACAUCAGGGUACAGGAGCAAAGGUUUAUUGUCACAGAUAAGAUCUGUCUUGUCUUUGAUGUCAGGAUUUGAUACAGUGCAAACGUUUCAUAUAUCUCCGACUACCAUCUGGUUACCACUUUAACCUUUAAUAUUCACGUACAUUAGAUUAAAUUGGUUAUUUUUAACCUGGCACCAGCUUUAUAAAAUGUCUGAGCUGCAUUUUCCAAAUUAACACAUUUUGUGUCACUUGAAACUGUGCCAGUGUGCGUUGUGUCCUAAUUAAUGGUCAUUCUAGCCUUAGCUUAGAGUUACACUGAUGUUGACUCCCAAACCUAUAACCUCUGUGAAGACAAGUCAACGUGCUACAGUUCACCUUCACACAGUGGAUUAAAAAUAAGAAUGGAGACUUCGUUUUUGGAUCACUAACUGCACUUGAGGCUAUCGGUUGACAUUGUUUUAAUGACCUGGAAACCUUACCACAUACAUUUUAACCCGACGACCUGUAAUAAGGAUGAUGCAUUUGCAAUAUUGCAUUUAGGAGUGCAAUAAAAGAUGGCUGGGAAAGGGGAAAAGGUGUCUAAAUAUGAGACGCUUAAGCUUUUAGAAAAGUGCCGAAAGGAAAGAGACGAUGCUUUGCAACGCGAGAACGCCAUGAGAGAAAAGAUGAGACAAUAUGAGUCAAGAAUGAGAUCGACCGAAGCUCUCAAACCCAAACUAAAGCAACUCAUUUUGGACAACAAGGAGCUGCGGAAACAGGUGAAGACACUGCGGACUGAAAUCGGUUUAGAGGCGAGUCCGAAAUUUGUUGGUAAAACUACAAAGGAUAUCAUUAACGACCUGCGCGAGAAGGAGAGCGAAUGCACUUCGCUUGUUGAAAAGGCGGGAAAAUUAAGUUUGACCAUCGAUGAACUGACUUCUGAACUGGCCAACACAGUAACUUCUAAAACUCUGCUAGAAGAUCAAGUCCAGUCCCUGCAACAAAACCUAAAGGAUAUGACAAAUAAUCAGCGUCGUCUUCUGAAAUUAUGGGAGGAUAAGAAGGCUCAUCGUGAACAGUUGUCACUGCCUGCGAUCCCGCAGAGACCUGGGCAAAAGCUUGUGGUGCAUAAAGGCGUCCAGACUGAAAUGUCGAUCAGUUCAAACCAGAUUUUACCGACAAAUGCAUUUGAGACAAAGACGCGCCGAGAUAGCGAUAAAGGCAGAAACCAUUUGGAGAGACGCAGCAUUACUUUAACAAAUGGCACCCACAGAGAGAAACACACUUUAAUUCAGAAUGAAGCGAAAGGAAUACACAACUGAGAAUAAACGUCUAAAACUGCAUUAUUUUAAUAUUACAAAAUGUAUUUUUUGAUUUAUUUAAACAUAAACGUUUAAGUUUUAAAGACUAAUUUACAGUCCUUACCAAAGAUUGAUUUUUGUGUAGUUUUAUUUAUGCUGUAGCCUACUUUUAUAAGUUAUUGUUUGAUUUAACUGUAUAAGGAAUUAUGGGUGUUUCACAUUAAAUAUAUUUUAUUAUUUAAAUUAAUCUAAUAUCAUUUUUUAUCAUAUCAGUGUCAAUUAGAUAAGUUACUGUACUGACAUGAUUUUGUAUAGUUAUAAUAUUGCCAAAGUAUUAUACAUAAACAAUACAAUAUUACAAUAAAAACAAUCAAUGCUAUUGAAAUGUAAUAUUUAACGGUGCUAGAUAAUGGACAAGAAAAUAAAAAGAGAUAGAAAAAUGUCUUAUU